AUGGUAUCAAGCAAUAUCACUUUAAUUACAGGAAAUUUGUUUGAUGUACCAGAAGCUUACUCAUUAGCCCACUGUAUCUCAAAAGACCUAAAAAUGAGUAAAGGAAUCGCAGUGGAAUUUAGAAACCGCUUUGGAGGAAUCAAUGAUCUCCAAUCACAGUCUCCUGAAAUUGGAAAAAGUCUUUUCUUGAAUAUUGGGAACAAUAGAUUUGCUUUUUAUUUGAUCACUGUGGUGUAAAGGGUUGCUUGCUCCCUAGAAGUCAGGGGAUUGAUUGCCACUCCAUUUUAAUGAAUAUUUUAUUAGAUCACUAACUCCCCUUCCAUGAAUGAACAAAAAAAUAUUUUUAUUCACUCUGGAGGGUUAAAAUUUAUUGUAAUUUUUUUUCUCGAAAUUUAAAACAAUCCAUUUUUCCCAAAAAUUAAUUUAUUUUAAAAAUUUAUGUUUUAGAAUGCAAGCUGUUUAAAUUAAACAAAAUUAGCUAAAGAUUUCAAAAUACUAAUUAUUACUUAUUUUCAAAAUAUUUUUUCAUAAAAAAUUGUUUGCUCGCUCACAGAGGGUGGGUUUUUAAAACAUAGUAGGAUUUUUCCAAUGGUUUUUUUCGCUCUCGGAGGGGGAGUAAGGAUAAAUAUUUUCAAAAGCCCACUUAUUCAGAUUUGGAGAGAUCUCUUGUAGACCUUUGCAAUAAAUGUGCAAUGCUUCGCGUAAACAAGUUAGCAAUGCCAAAAAUAGGGUGUGGCCUUGAUAAGCUGAACUGAGAUCAAGUGUACCAGACUAUUAAUCAUGUGUUUUGUAGAACAAACAUUGAAAUCCUGAUUUACUCUUUAUAA